CGCUUUAAGACUCACAGCAUCUCAGUACAACAGAAGUGCGUCGCUGGCGGUCAGAUACGCGAUUUAAAGCAGACAGCAGAGCAACACAGACUGUUAAAAUCUCCCUUGAGUUUUCACUUGAUUAUUUAUUUAAAGAGCACAUGAGCUAGUGAAAAGCGUUUCUGCGUGAUAAAAUUCUGCAAUCUCUCGGACUCACUGGUUGCUGUGCUAUCAGGUAAAAGCGGAUGGAUUAAACACGUUAAUUCAGCGCUGAUGAUGGUAAUGAUGAGCACAGUCUGCAGGAACUGAAGAACGCACUCGACUCUUUAAUUUCACCCUGUCACGCAUUACAGCUGGCCACAAACACAUUUGGUACGUACGGACGCUGAAGACAACAAAAAUGCCUGUGGCAUCUGCCAGUUCUGACUCGGCGAUGCAGAGUCUUUUGGACACCCUGAGCGACAGCACCAGCUCCACCACGGCUAAUGACCUGGACCUCAUCUUUCUGAAGGGCAUCAUGGAGAGUCCUGUGUCUCGUGAGCACUUUGAAGAGCCAAAGCUAGAAGCAGUGAGGGACAAUAAUGUGGAGUUGGUGCAGGACAUCCUGAGAGAUCUCUCACCUCUCACACCUCACAGUCCGGCAGCCCAAGAGCUACUCUACAUCCUCAAAGAGCCACACUUUCAGUCUUUACUUGAAACGCAUGACUCGGUAGCAUCCAAAAGCUUUGAGACUCCGCCCCCCAGUCCCUGUGCAUUUAUGGACCCCGCCCUGAACAAUCAGCCUGUCCCCCCUGACGCCAUCAGAAUGGUGGGAAUCCGCAAAGUCUCCGGAGAGCACCUGGGUGUGACAUUCCGGGUAGAGGGAGGAGAGCUGGUUAUCGCUCGGAUUCUGCACGGGGGCAUGAUUGACCAGCAGGGGCUGCUGCAUGUGGGUGACAUCAUCAAAGAGGUGAACGGUAAAGAGGUGGGGAGUGACCCGAAAGUUCUUCAGAACAUGCUUAAGGAGUCCAGUGGCAGUGUGGUCCUCAAAAUCCUACCCAGUUAUCAAGAACCACACACACCACGACAGGCAUUUGUAAAGUGUCACUUUGACUAUGACCCAACUCAUGACAACCUCAUCCCCUGUAAAGAAGCUGGACUUAAAUUCAGCAGUGGUGACGUCCUGCAGAUCUUCAAUCAGGAGGACCCAAACUGGUGGCAGGCUUGUCAUCUGGUGGGGGGCAGUGCUGGUCUGAUCCCCAGUCAGCUGCUUGAAGAAAAGAGAAAAGCAUUUGUCAAGAGAGACCUGGAGCUCACUAGCACAGGGCCUCUGUGUGCAGGGAUGGGUGGUAAAAAGAAGAAGAAGAUGAUGUACUUGACCACCAAGAACGCUGAGUUUGAUCGUCAUGAGUUGAGGAUCUACGAGGAAGUGGCCAAAGUUCCUCCAUUCCGCAGGAAGACGAUGGUUCUGAUCGGAGCACAGGGUGUGGGCCGUCGCAGCUUAAAGAAUAAACUUCUGGUGUCAGACCCUCAACGUUACGGAACCACCACUCCCUACACGUCUCGUAAACCAAAGGUAGAUGAGAAGGAGGGCCAGAUGUAUCUGUUUAUGUCUCGCAGCCAGAUGGAAGCAGACAUUAAAAGUGGACGUUUUCUUGAACAUGGAGAAUAUGACGGAAAUCUAUAUGGCACCAAAAUCGACUCCAUCCAUGAGGUUGUGGACUCUGGGAAGAUCUGCAUUCUGGAUGUCAAUCCACAGGCUCUGAAAGUCCUAAGAACAGCAGAGUUUCUUCCUUACGUGGUGUUCAUCGAAGCCCCAAACUUUGAGGUCCUUAAAGAAAUGAAUAGGUCUGCCAUUGAAGCUGGAGUUGUGACUAAACAGAUGACGGACUCUGAGCUGAAACGAACAGUGGAUGAAAGUGAAAGGAUCCACAGGGCCUACAGCCACUACUUUGACCUGAGCAUUGUGAAUGAUAACCUUGACGGUGCUUACCGAAACCUCAGGAGAGCGUUAGACAGACUCAACACAGAUCAUCAAUGGGUUCCCGUCAGCUGGGUCUUCUGAGAGUUUUCUCAUUCAUCUGAAGUUUAGUUUACUGCUGUGACCAAUGUCAACAUACUUAUUCUUUAGAUUUUUCCACAAAUACAUGAGAAAGUUAGUUUUUAUUUUAUAAAGAACUGAAACUGAAAUCGGUAUAUCUGUAGUUGUUUUAAAAGGGUUCUUCUGUACAAUGCUGUAUGUAUGUUUGUUAGUUCUGUGAGUUUAGGGCUGUAUAUUUGUAUAGAAACUGUUGUCAGUAAAUACUGUAGAAUACUAAACUAUAAUGAAGAUAUUCUGAAUCAUCUUGGAUGUAUAAAUGCUAUGAUUAUGUUGUGGUUCACAGGAAUCGUUUAGCUUAUGGUAUUAAAGACCUGAGUCAUAUUCUUGUGCAUGUUGUGAUUGAUUUGUGUUUAUUACACACGAUAUGUCACACUGUGAAAAAGGCUAUUUCUCCACCCCAUGGAGUUUAUUCAUGUUUAAUAAAUUAUAACAGAGUAAAUAAUACCUUCACUUUUAAAUCAUACAUGUCAAAUGAUUACGCCGAUCUAAACAAAUAUUUACUUACCACAUGUGCUGAUAUUCCAUUUUAAAUCCACUUUGGCUGGUCAUCACCUACAAUCUGCUUGACUGUUUCCCAGUUCAGGAGAUCUUGCGAUAAAUGAACAUGAUAUUGCGAUUAAAUUAUAACAUUUUUUUUAAAGUUAAGACAAUAAAUGUGGCCCGUGCUGGCAAAAUGAGACAUGAAAAUGAUCUUCCACCUUUUGCUUUGACCCCUUGAUUUUUUCUCCAAACAUGACUUUGCUGACUCUGUGGACAUCAUUUUGAAUUUUUUAAAUAGAGAAUGUUAAAAUGUAAAUAACUAAUUUUUUGAAAAUGUGCUCAUUUCGACCAGCAUGGGUCACAAAUACUCUUGUUCCUUUGAUAAAUAACUUACAUUUAUUUACAUGUUUACAUUUGCCAGAAGAUUUGAUCCAAAGCCACUUACAUUGUAUUUAAGCUAUACAUUUUCAUCAGUAUGUGUGUUCCCUGGGAUCAAACCUAUGACCUCUUGCACCGUCAACACAAUUAUCUACUAGUUGAGCUACAGUACAAGAAGAUGUGU